AUGGCACCUUCUCUCAAACAGCCCAACAUGGGCCCUAUCGUCGAGUAUAUUCCUGAUCGUCUAUAUCUCGCAUCGUAUACGCAUACACCGACAGCCGAUACCUAUUUUCCGUAUCCGGAAGUGCCAUUGAGAUCGCCGAACAAGAGAACCGUGAGAUCGGUAGAUGCUUCGGCGACAUCAAGAGACAGCCGUCAAGCGCCUUGCUACUUUACCGUCGACGAUCAACUCUUUUACAAUGCAUUCCACCAUGACUUUGGCCCUUUCCACAUUGGCCACUUGUACCGCUUUGCACUGCAAUUUCACGAUGUCCUGGGUGCAAAGGAGAACCAAAACCGACCAAUUGUAUUCUGGAGUCGCGCAGACCCUAGGUCUCGAGCCAACGCUGCUUGUCUCCUGGCUUGCUACAUGGUCCUGAUCCAAUCAUGGCCGCCCCAUUUGGCUCUGGCCCCGAUUGCCCAGAUCGACCCACCAUUGAUGCCUUUCCGCGAUGCUGGUUACAGUCAAGCAGAUUACGGCAUCACCGUCCAGGACGUUGUCUACGGUGUUUGGAAGGCCAAAGAGGAGGGAUGCUGCGCUCUGGAUAACUUCGAUCUGGAUGAGUACGAGAAGUAUGAGAGAGUGGAACAUGGCGACUUCAAUUGGGUGACUCCUCACUUCCUGGCGUUCGCAUCACCGCAGUACAGCCCCGUUGCCAAAGUCGAUCCGAACAGCGACGCAUGGGCUGCACUUCCCAAAGAUCUUGACUCUGUGGAUGUGCACCCUGGCUUGCCUCAACCAUUCAAGAAUGUCUUGACUCACUUCACAGAACGCAACAUUGGCCUGGUUGUCCGUCUCAACUCGCCUCUCUACUCACCCUCGUACUUUGAAGCUCUUGGAAUCCAGCACCUUGACAUGAUUUUCGAGGACGGCACCUGUCCUCCCUUGAGCACCGUUCGCAAGUUCAUCAGGCUUGCACACGAGACCAUCACUGUUAAGAAGAAGGGCAUUGCAGUGCAUUGCAAGGCUGGUCUGGGCCGGACAGGCUGCUUAAUCGGCGCCUACUUGAUCUACCGGCACGGUUUCACGGCUGAUGAGGUCAUCAGCUUCAUGCGUUUUAUGCGCCCUGGAAUGGUUGUUGGACCUCAGCAGCACUGGCUGCAUCUCAACCAAGGCACUUUCCGCGAAUGGUGGAUUGAGGAAAGGAUUGAGCGCAAGCUUCGAAAGGAAAUGGCAGCCAACCCUGCGCCUAGUACGCCAAUUCGGGCAAUGCAAAAAACCUCUUUGGGCCGAACUGCCUCUACGCCGCACAGAUCUGGUUCGAACCGCACACCUCUGGGUGAGGUCGACCAAGAGCGAAACAACAUUGGUGUCCAGGAGGACUAUCUGCCGGCCCCAACACCUGGACAGCCACGAAAGACAAGCCGGCCAAGUCGACACCACCCUUAUGAAAGGAAUCCCAUCAACGGUACUGUUGAGGAGGAAGAGAACGUCGACCGGGCAACAGAAGUCAUCUCUAUUCACAGGAGUUCCCAAGGCUCCGAGUCGGAAGAAGAGAUCCACCUACGGACCCGUACCCACCGCAAGGCAUCCCAGUCACCGGGCAGAAGUGACAAGUCGAGGUCCAUUAGCCACACAACAACGACUACGACUGUGUACGAGGUGAUUGACAAUGAUGCAUCGAACGAUGCCGAAAACAUUGGUGCUGGCCGGCCCAAGAACGUUGAGAGUGCCACACAAUCUCCAACACGCUCAGCUAGUGCCUCGGGCGUUUUGACCAAAGUGCGAGGCAAGCGUUCGACCGAUUCGAAGCGCUCGACUGACUCGAACCACUCCCCCAAGAACAGCCAAAAUGGCGUGCGCAAGACCAGCGGUCGUGUUGGCAGCGUAAAUGCGACUCCAAGCAGCACGGCGCGCAAGGUGUCUGCGAUCUAG